AUGGAAAUGCUUAGCAGCGAUGAAGAAAGCGAAUUAUGGACAGAAAAAAAUAAGUGGGUUUCCCUCCGAUGAAACUUGAGAUUUGUACGACUCCUACUUGGAGGUCAUGAAACGAUGUCAGGCUGUUCGUCCUCGUGAAUCUGUUCUCCCUCUAAUCCCAACGAAAACUCUAAUCCAAACUAAGACUCUCUAGUCCCAACUAAAACUCUCUAAUCCCAACUAAGACUCUCUAAUCCCAACCAAAACUCUCUAAUCCCAACUAAGACUCUCUGCCUACGACUGGUUCGCUUUCACGCGAAACGACGUUUUUUGGGCCUAUCCUCAUCCACAGCCUUGGCUGCUGAACCACGAAAAAUGGAUGCAGCCUGGAUCAGGAUGGAGCGAGAACCCUUACGACUUACGGCCUGUGGAUAUUUGGAUUCCAGCUUGUUUCGAUUACGCUGGCAUCAACGACCGCGUCUACACGAUUAGGCUGAGACCUGGUGGAGAUUUUGACUGGCGAGAUAGAGAAUUCCAAGAAGAAGAGGAGGAACAAGAUCAGGGAGUGGAAGGAGAGACGAAGAGGAACAAAACGGCUGAGGAAAUUCAGGCGCGGGAGGACCAGCAAAUCGAAAUCGCUAAGAAGAAGCGCAUUCGAGAGCAAAUCCGUAAGGCGAAGAAGGUGUUUUUCCGUUUCACUAGAGCGGUCUACGGCAGACCUGGUGGAAUGCCUAUGGUUAGAGCGGAUGGCUUGCCACCGCCGAACGCGCAAGAUCCCUCAGAUGUGAGUUGGCGCUUUCUCAAGGGUUUUGACGGUGGUGUAGGCGCACAAGAAGUGAAUGGCGAACUCAGCUUCAGGAGGUUUUUGGACCAUCACGAUUUCAAGAUCGGGAGGUUUGACUGCAUAUGUGCUUUGGUUAAAACAGGACAACUGGCUAAUGACUUGAUCGGAAAUGUCAUGGAGAAAAUCGUGGAAAGCAAAAGGAGAUACGAGAUGAAGAGGCUACAACAUGUUGACGAUGGCAUCAAAAUUGGAGGUAAAAAUACAGAGGCAGAAGUAAGUUCUACAAGUUCCACAACAACGCCGCCUCCUCCACCAUCAACGUCUCCACCUCCACCACCAAUCGUGCCAAAGGAGCAAAUCGACGAGGACGAAACGGGCGACCCCCACUACUGUCGUGAGCUUCAGACGCCAGGCUUCUCAGAGAUCUUCGGACGUCAUAGGAUAUCUUUCCGCAACCAUCAGCUGUUCGACUCUACUGUGCAACUGAACGCGGAUUUACAACCUAACGGUGUAGACCGAUGGAUGUCGUCGAGUAAGAAAAGCAAAAAGGCGGACUGGACGGUUGCCUUGCCCGUGGUGAUUCCUGAUCGCUUUGUGGCUUUGGGGAAAGGUGAGGCGAAAGCCGGAGCUGAGGAACAAAAGGGAACAAGCACGAGUGGCACAAGCACAACAUCAGCAUCACCAGCACCAUCUCCUACAGUUUCAGAAGUAACUGACUCCUCCAGCAGCUCCACGGACAAUAUCAAAAGUGCAGAAGAAAAGUUCGCCGCCCUGCUGCAUUCCGUAGUUCAAGAUCUCUCCCAUGGCACAGACGGCGCAAAAGUGGUCGCAAAUCAUCCAGAGUUGCUUGCGAAAUUGAAGAAAUACCGGUAUUCGCAUGAUGGCGUCAUGAAAUUCUCGCAGAAAGACUUGGACUUUAACGAAGCUAGCGUAAAUCAUGGUGCAGUUCAGUCGGUUUUGGAUGCGUUUAGACGUAAACCCAGACGAAGAUGGAGUGCUUUGGAGAACCGGUUUAUUGUCAAUCGUUUGGGCAGUCAUAUGUUUUUGCAACGGGAGUCCUGCAAGAAGCUAGUGAUACGUGGAAUGGCUCACUGGGCUGCGUAUCUAUCUCCGAUGAGACAAGGCGGUCCGAAGGGUGCGAUACCAGUAAACCUAGAUUGGUUUCAACCCCAAAAUAUGGACGAAGAGUUGGACACAAGGAUAAAACAACCAGCGUUUGGGUUGGAGCAGUUACUGUUCAACGCGGAGAAGAGCGGAUUAAAUUAAGGCUCAGCUUUCAAUGGUCAUUGGGGUUGGUCACUGAGAUCCCUCUUGAGAGAACAGGGGAAAAUGAAGGAAAAGCAAAGGGAGAGGCAUGGGGCCCAUUUCUUUCAGAGUCAGUGACCAUUGAAUGCUGCGCUUUAAUUAAACGUGAGUAGUGUAGUACAUAGGUGGAAAAGGCGGACAGAGCAAGGAGAUGGGCACGAUAGUGGUAGCACGACUGCAACCUCCUCCAUAUCUUCAGCUCAGAGCAAGAACUUCCCGCAAACUCUAGUAGAUUUCGUACAGUCCAAGAUCGAUGAAGCAACGGACUAUCUGAUAGGCAAAUACUGCGAUACAGCGCCAGUUUGGUGGGAGCCGAUGUCGGAAAGUAUAGUCCUCCGAGACUCACAACAUGUUUGGGCACAGGUAAAGGGCUUUCUGUCCAAGAGCCUUGAUUUGAAGAUUGAGGAUCGCGAAAAUAUCUUGAAAGCACUCACAAACACAACUCUCACGACAGCAUCUUCCCCAUCUUCAGUAGAGCAGGCAUCAGCAGCGUCAGAAUCCUCCCCAUCGUCGUCCAUCUCUGGAGCAGAAGAAAAAACCGGCUACGCCAUCCAAUCUCUGCUAGGCCAUUCAUCUAAGAUUCCUCUAGGAAACUACGACCGCAGCAUGCACACACUAGUAGACGAUUUUCGAUACGAGCUCGUCUGUCCCAUGAUGGAGUGGGACAAGGUCAAUCUAACAGAGUGGCAUCCGGUAGCUCACCAUCAGUACAACUGCAGCGCGUUGACAGCACCAGAGCAGCAAUACGUAAAUACGAUGGUGUCGAAUAUGGAUCACGCGACGGCUGGCGUGCCAGGUAGUACGGCACUAUAAUAUUGUCAACAAGAACAAAGCAUGAUAUGAAAGAACUUCUGGUGGAUCCUCAGCACUUCUAAGUUUGCUGUAACAUGAUCACUAGAAUAUCCGACACUUGCAUUCAUCCCUAUUUUGCGAGUGAGAGUGUGAGAAUCUGAAUCAUCCUAGUAGAAUAAAAACUUCACUACAGGUCUCAACGAAAUGAUGGAGUUGCAUAUGGAGGAUCGAAUUUUAGCCUUUUUGUUGUUGAGCCAUCGCGGGGUCCUGGAAGUCGUAAACGCAAGGAGAGAGGCAGACCGACAACAGAAGGCUAAGGUUCUUGCCGGAGGAUUGUCGAGUGACGUAAACGAGAAAAGUGAAAGCCCUCCAGCAGUCACUUCAGCAGCUGAAGAAGAACAACUUGUCGACGAGCCACUCCCUGACAUCUCCACGCAAUUCGGACGACACUUAAACUUGAAGAUGUUCGCCAAACUCUACGCGAGUCAGCAACUAGGCCCGGAUCUUGGUUUUUCGACGCCCUUUGAUAACCACUUUUUCAUGUACAACAACACGUUACUGUGCAAGCCCUACAAUGACGACGUUGCAUAUACUUGGAACAGGGAUACUGUAGUGGUGAAGCAGUCUCAGAGCGGAUACCUAGCUGCGACGGACUUGCACCAUCAAUCGACAAUAUUAGAUACUGAGGGAGUUGUGGGUGAAGGAGCAGGCGGGCGAGGAAGUAGUACACCGUCAUCUUCAACAGGACCAGCGCAAGUAGUAGAAGAUGUGAAAAUGAUGCGUGCAAUAAACAACGAUCAUGUUGUAGCUGCAACCAUGCAAGAACAGGGCGGUCCGACUAACAAGAGAGUUUUUGGCAGAUACAAGAAAGCAGCCGACGGGAGUUUGACGGAAUUAGUUGUCCACAGUGGUCCUUUUUUCCGCAACCGUUCUCACGAUUACAUCAUGGACAACUACUCUCCUGAAAAAUAUCUAGAUCGAAACAGCAAUCCAGGGAGGACAGCUAAGUGGGGAGCUCGCGACCAUUUCGUUGAGACACCGAGAAACCGUAAUAUCCCCUCCGACAUGUUCACCCCUAAAGGAACCAGACCCGACGCUCCCUAUGGAGAAGAAGAAUUGUCGAUUUAUCCAAUGGUGUUAUCCAGAAGAGCAGGAAGGUAUCUCAACCAACACGACCCUGAAGAACUGCACCCAGAAGACCUCUACACGCAUGAAAUGCGUGAUGACGAUAUGCGGCGCGGAAAAGAUUUGCAAGCGCGCUUGAUGGAGAUAUUGAAUGCGGUAAGCAGAGAAGCGGAGGAAGCGACUGUGGAUUUGCUAAAUAUACCAGAGAGUAUUACAAAAGAGGGAUCAGAGCCAGAGGGUCCUUCUGAAUCAUCACCCAAGAGGACAAGGAGAACCUUCCCAUGGCAAAGAGAAGGUAGUAGUGACAAACCUGUAGGCGAGGACCAUCCGCAUCAGAAAAACGGACAAGCUUCGCCGGCAAAACCAGCAGAACCCACAGGCAGAGUCCUCGACGCCUUGUUCAACAGACUACCAGAUGCAGAAGAAGCUCUGACGCAUCCGACAGAACUCGUUCGUGACCUGGACGAUAGUCAAUGGAAGGAGUUAUCGGAGUAUGAGAAAAGCCUUGAUCCGGUACUGACAUCAUUUUGUGUUCCUUGAAGAACUUCUUCGUUGUUAUGGAUAUGGAAGAAGUAGUUUUUGAUUUUUCUUUGUUUCUACGACGGACGAGUGCAAGAGAUGUUUUACAACUCUACUUCUUUUAUCACACCGCUUCAGACAUCACAGCCUCACAGACAAAAAUUUUACCACUCACAGAUAAUCGACUACGACGAGUUCGUUGACCGAAACUUCCGCCGAGCGCAUGUUGCCAGUUCUCAAGCUUCUGAGGUUUCUCGGAGUAUCCCAGUAGAGCAGCAGGACAAGUGGUGGGCAGAGUAUUUCACGAAAAACGAUAGUGUGGGGAGAAAAUACUACCAGCAAAUGCGAGAAGCAUAUGACUCAAAAGAAAGCGGGAACUUGGACACUGCACAUAUACCUUUGAAUAUGCAGAUGGCGAUGGUAUUAAGACUAAGAUUUGACUUUCCUGGUGAUCUGAAUCAUGUUCAUUCUUGUUUCUGUUUCAAGUGUAGUUUAUGUUGUAGUCAUCAUCAUAUGACGAGGAUGAGCCUCGUCCUCGAACUGUCUGAAAAAUCAUCUUCAUCGUACAACCUCCCAAACUAAAACCCCAUCUUUCUCAUUCCCAGCUAACCGAGUUAAACAAAGUACCCGCUUACCCGAAGCAAGACCCUAAUGGACCGCAGAAGUAUCGACUAUUCAAAUCUCGCGUUCCAAGACGGAGAACGUGCGCAGGCAUGGAGUAUUUUUCUGAGCUACCCUUCGGCUACUCCACGGUCGAUUAUUGGGAACCCGAAUCUCAACAACGCCAUGCCAGACAUCCGGGGCAGCCCAGUUGUAUGAGCUGUUGGUUACGCGGGCCCAGGUACUCGCAAAACACAGGUUGGCUCUGUUGGAAGGCGAAGGAGAUGAAGAAAAACCAACCAAGUCGAUGUUGUGGGAGACUGGAGUCGCCUUUUUUGCAUGCUAAUUUGUGGAUGCACUAUCCCAGAACCGAAUGCUUAAUGGCAGACCAUUUGUGUUCGGAUCACUUGUUCGGGAUGUGGAGGCGAAAUUUGAAACAAGGAUGGCCAAACGUGAAGGAAGCGCAACGGCCUGAUAGGAGAGAUCACGCAGAUGCGCCAUUGAGCAAUUUGAUAUAUUGAAGAAAUUGAGUUUAAAAGUAGGGAGAAUAAAUAUGCUGACAUUCUUUUUUACCCUUUUUCAGCAUCAGGAGCUGCAACACACUUUAUGAUCUACGUUCGGUAAGCGUAAGCACAAUCACCAAACAGUCAACAAAUAUCAUCCAGAAUACGUUUUCACGAUUAUACGCGAGCAAAAGAUUCACACAGAAAUUUGAGGAAGAGUUGGGGAGUGAAAUUAUCAAAACUUCUACAUCGAGGAAGUAAGUAGUAUCACAACUUGUUCAGGAAUUCCAAAUUGGAGAAGCAUAUCUUCCAAUAUAUCGCACGCGUUCAUCAAAGGAACAGCAAGAAAUGCGCUGUGAAACAUCCGCUACCAUCAUCUUGAAAUGGUGCUCUAAGUUUUUACUGGAUGUUGUUCUAGUAGUUAC